AUGCUUAGGAUGUCACGAACUAACGGGUGUGCUGAAAAAAGAAAAUGAAGAAUGCAAAUGGCGUAGUUUGUGAACAUAACAGAAAGCACUGAUCAUGUCCGGUAACCCAAACAUCCUUCGUUUUCCUCACACCAGGCUCGACCCAUCCAACAUGCCAAAAUGGAACACCUUCUUCACCUGCAACUACAACAAACCCCAAACCCACUUUCUCUUCUCCUUCACUGGAUCGGGUCGCUCCAAAACCUUCCGGGUCAGCACCGCGAAAAUCCGUUGCCAAUUCUCCACGUCUGAAAACGGGGACUCUGGUUGCCGGUUCCCAAACGUUCUCGCAAAACGGGUCGGGUUCGUGACCUCCAUUUUACCGGGCGGUAGCUGGUGGACCUUGCCGGAGCACCAGGAACACGGCGCGGGACCGCUGACGGCGAUGGUCGCUCUCCGGCGAACAUGGGAGUUGGUUUCCGACCAGCGAUUGGUUGCGUUUGUGGCAGUUGGGUCCCUCGUUGUCGCUGCUCUUUCAGAAAUCACCAUGCCGAGUAUAUUGGCAGCAUCGAUAUUUUCAGCGCAAAGUGGUGAGACCGUGGCAUUCUCUAGGAAUGCACUGUUUUUGGUUCUUCUGUGUUUAACUUCAGCCAUUUGCAGUGGUCUGAGAAGUGGCUGUUUUGGAAUUUUGAAUGUAACCUUGGUGAAGCGUCUGCGAGAAAAUUUAUAUACAGCGAUUCUUUUUCAGGACAUAUCCUAUUUUGAUAAAGAAAGAGUUGGUGACUUGACAAGCAGGCUUGCAGUAGAUUGUCAACAACUAUCCCAUGUUAUAGGAUAUGAUCUUCAGUUGAUAUUACGCAACACUUGUCAGGGAACAGGAGCAAUAAUCAAUUUGAUGGCUUUAUCUUGGCCUCUGGCAUUUUCCGCAUUGGUGACUUGUUCUAUUUUAUCAGCAAUUUUCCUGGUUUAUGGCCAGUAUCAAAGAAAAGCUGCAAAGUUAAUUCAAGAUUUCACAGCUUGUGCCAGUGAUGUAUCUCAGGAGACACUUUCUUCAAUUAGAAUUGUCCGAGCUUAUGGAACAGGAAAAAAAGAAUUUGGAAGGUACAAGCGAUGGUUACAGAGCUUAGCAUUUGUAAAUGGUCGAGAGAGUGUGGCUAAUGGGUUCUGGAACCUGAUCUUUAACACCUUAUACCGUUCAACUCAGAUAUUUGCAGUGCUAUUAGGAGGGAUAUCUAUUCUCCGAUGUGGUGUAACUGUGGAACAACUUACCAAGUAUGUACUAUACUGUGAGUGGUUGAUUUAUGCUACUUGGAGGGUCACAAACAGCUUAACAUCAUUACUACAGUCCAUUGGAGCAUCGGAACAAAUUUUCCAACUAAUGAAUCUUUUACCUAGUGACCAAUUCAUAGUCAAAGGUGUGAAGUUGCAAAGGUUAGUGGGGCAUAUUCAGUUUGCAAAUAUCAACUUCUUAUAUGCAGGCCAAGAUAGAAUGCCUGUUCUAGAACACUUAAACUUCUCCAUAGAAGCAAAUCAAGUCGUUGCCAUUGUUGGUCUGAGUGGUAGUGGAAAGAGCACAUUGCUCAACCUUUUACUUUGUCUGUAUGAACCUAAUAGUGGUCAGAUAUAUAUUGAUGGGUUCCCUCUUCAAGAGUUGGAUGUCAGGUGGGUGAGACAGAACAUCGGCUAUGUUGCACAGGAAUCCCAUCUCUUUCACAUGGACAUCAAGUCAAACAUAAAGUAUGGUUGUCCUAGGAACAUAAAACAAGAAGAUAUUGAAUGGGCAGCUAAAAAGGCCUAUGCCCAUGACUUUAUUUCUUCACUUCCUAAUGGAUAUGAAACCCUAGUUGACGACAAUGUACUUAGUGGUGGACAAAAACAGCGGAUUGCCAUUGCCAGGGCCAUUCUUAGGGACCCAGUUAUUAUGAUACUUGAUGAAGCAACCAGUGCUCUAGAUUAUGAAAGUGAGCAUUAUAUCAAGGAAGUGUUGUAUGCGAUAAAAGAUGAAUCUAAAACAAGAACCAUCAUCAUAAUUGCACAUAGGCUUUCUACUAUUAAAGCUGCUGAUAGGAUCUUUGUUAUGGAUGAUGGUCGCAUCAUUGAGAUGGGAAACCAUGAAGAGCUUCUGCUCAAGGAUGGGCUCUAUGCAAAGUUAUAUAAAAUUCAAUCAGGUAUUUUGACUUGAUUUAAGAUAGACUUCGACUUUAAUUCGGUAGUGAUGAAGAGGACUCUGCAAUUUAAAUCUACAAAGCCUGAGGUGGAACACUUGAAGACACUUACAAAUGUUGCAAAAAAAAAAAAAAAAUGCCUAACUUC